GAUGUAGAUGGGGCAUGUUUAUACCUCGUGACGUAUGCCCCGUGACGUAACCCCGUAAAAGCACUUGAUCCGAUUUCAAUAUCUGUGACCUAAUGCUAUGCUCAGCGGUGAAGGCAGAAGUCCGCCGCGGUAAAGCUCCAGCAAGAUUACUGUGCAGUGAUGACGCGCUAAAGCGAUGCAGAAUUUCGGCUGCGCAGUGUUAAUACCCGAUAAUUCAGUUGAGACGGCAAUGUGUGAACAGCCCUCGCACUCCCGCGCCACAGGAAGGACACGUCGGGGAGAUGUCCGCGCGGCCCUGCUUUGCGUCUGCGCCAACUUCUUGCUCAACCACGUGAUCCAACGUUCCGAAGGUCGGUCGCUUGUCGUUGACCACACGCGCGCGAUAUUCCUGAAAGACGGUCAGCCGUUUCGCUUCCUGGCGGGUGAAAUGCACUACUUUAGGGUUCCCAGGGCAUACUGGAAGGACCGACUCUACAAGAUCAAGAUGGCCGGCCUCAACGCGGUCGCCUUCUACAUCGAGUGGAGCGGACACGAGCCGGAGAAGGGAGUGCACAACUUCCGCGACGAGUACGAUCUGAUGGCCUUCCUGGAGGAGAUCAAAGAACAAGGUCUCCUGGCCAUAGCCCGCCCGGGCCCGUACAUCUGCGGGGAGCGCGACAACGGAGGACUCCCGUACUGGCUACUCAGAGAAAACCCCAAUAUGCUAUAUCGAAGCAGCCACGCGAGCUUUCUAGAGGCAGUGGACCGCUGGUUCGCGAAGCUGCUGCCCAUGCUGGUACCACACCUGUACCGGAACGGCGGCCCGAUCUUCGCCGUGCAAGUUGAGAAUGAGUACGGCCACUACUUCUUGUGCGACCUAAGUUACAUGAAACACCUCCUAACCAUCAUGGAGACUCACAUGGGCAAGGACGUCGUGUACUUCCGCACCGACUUCCCGGUCAUGUUUUACUACUCCUGCGAUUGGGUGCACGACAUUCUCGUGGCCGGUAACAUCCCGUCGAACUACAAUGUGGCCAGAGUGUUCGGUGUCAUGAAGCGCGCGAACCCGAAGCCGGCCCCCAUGGUCGUCCCCGAAUUCUACACGGGUUGGAUGGACCACUGGGGUUGGUCGCACUACAGCAAGAGGAAGGAACGCAUUCUCGACCCUCUCAAGGUCAUGAUGGCCCACAACGCGUCCGUGACCUUCUACAUGUUCGUAGGCGGCACCAACUUCGGCUUCAAGUCGGCGAAAGCCAAUUCUUACCCCCUCACGACCAGCUACGACUACGGAGCGCCAGUCGCCGAAGACGGCGACCUGAGGCCCAUCUACUACGACAUACGCCAUCUGGCGACCAGCUACCUGGGUCACGUGCCCAGCGGCGAGAUGCCCCAAAACGCGACCAAGCUGAACGUGGGCCCCGUUCCUGUCGGCGAACAUCUUUCCCUGGAAGAAGUGAUGAACCACUUCCGCAGCAAAGAGUGGCUCGAACAAAAGCAGUCAGUCGACCCGUUGACGUUCGAGGCAAUGAGACACGACUAUGGCUUUCUGGUAUAUAGAACUACAGUCAACGUGGACACCCAGGGUACAGCAUGGCUUUUCCUGCCGAAGCUAAACGAUCGGGCCUACGUUCGCGUCGGAGACAAGCAAUUCAUUUUUUACAAUCAUAUGGUCAGUUAUGGGAUGCCGAAGAUAUAUGAAAAGAUUCCUGUGAAGAAAGGAGACAGCCUCUCCAUUCUCGUGGAGAACAUGGGAAGGGAGUGCUAUGGCAUCAUAAACCACGACAUGAAGGGUCUCACCGAGGUCCACCUGGGUAGUUAUGUACUCAAGAACUGGACUACUGAGGCAGUUCCCAUCAACACGAAUCGAGACAUCGGCGAGAUCCUACGUAUAGUCAGAAGACAGGGAGACGGAAGCGUUCCCGGUUUCUUCCACGGGACGUUCACCCUGAAAGAAGGACAGAAUCCUGCCGACACGUUCCUGGACCCGUCAGGAUGGAUCAAGGGCUUUGCCUUCAUCAACGGUUUCAAUCUCGGCCGCUACUGGCCUGCUGCUGGGCCACAGGUGACGCUCUACGUGCCGGCCCCGUACAUCAAACCCCACCCAGAAGAGAAUCGGCUGCUACUCUUCGAGACGGAAGGGGCGCCUGCGAAUCGUUUUGUCAAGUUGGUUGACAAACCCUUACUGGACGCAGAUAUCCUUAAGCCGAGAAGAGGAAAUGUGCGCGUUGUUUCAUUUGGGAAAGAGCGUAAGAAAAUGUACUCCAUACUCGUGCACCUGAAAGUAACGCAGGAACAUCGUAAGUCACCUUGUGCACCCGAAACUAACGCAAGAACAUCCAUCUGCGGUCUGAUCAGCGUCUGCAUCCAAGUGACAGUCAGCGGCAAUGGCCGUACAUUCGUCAUCGACCACGAGAACAAGCGAUUCCUCAAGGACGGGCAGCCUUUCCGGUACGUUGCCGGCGAGAUGCACUACUUCCGAGUGCCGCGCGCCUACUGGAAGGACCGGCUGCACCGGAUCAAGAUGGCGGGCCUCAACGCCGUCUCGUUUUACAUUGAAUGGAGCGGCCAUGAACCGGAACCGGGUCAGUACAACUUCGAGGACAUGUACGACCUGGACGCGUUCCUGAAGCAAGUGAAAGAGCAAGACCUUCUUGCCAUAGUGCGACCAGGACCGUACAUCUCGGGAGAUCGGGACAACGGCGGCCUGCCGUACUGGCUUCACAGAGAGCAACCCAACAUGAAGUACCGCGUCCUGGACAGCGAAUUCCUGCACCACUUGGACAGCAGAUGGAUUACGAAGCUCUGCGCCGUCUUGAGCCCGCACACGUACAACAAGGCGGGACCUGUCAUCGCCGUCCAAGUCGAGCACCUGUACGGCGUCAUCGGCGCGUGCGACCACCUGUACAUGGAGCACCUGCUCACCAUGCUGCAGGUGCGGCUUGGCCGGGACAUGGUCUUUUUCCGAGGCAACCCCGCAACGAAGUCCUACUACGACUGCGACAAGGUGCGCGACAUCCUCGUCACCGCGUACAUGACACCGACGGAAAUUCCAGCUGUUGUGGCCGCUACUGUAGCUUCUGCACAGGUCGAACCAGGGCCGCUGGUAAUCAGCGAGUACUACACGGGCAACACCGACUGUUGGGGCUGGCCGCACAAGGUCGUGGCACCGCAGACAGUGCUGCAGACUUUGAAGACCCUGAUGGCGAUGAACGCCUCCGUGUCUCUGUACAUGUUCCACGGCGGAACGAAUUUCGGCUUCACGGCCGGUAGUCGUGAGAAGCGCCCUGUGGUAACCAGCUACGACUACGAAGCUCCGCUGAGUGAAGCCGGCGACCCGAACGCUCUUUACUACGACAUCCGACGCGCCAUCAGCACCCAUUUGCAAGUGCCAAAGGAUGAUCCACCGGGUCCGUCGAGAAAGAUGGAAAUCGGCCCCGUAGCCCUGGACAAGUACGUAUCACUCGACGAUGUGAUGGCUCACUUCCGCGGACAGAACUGGCUGAAGAGGAAGGAGUCCGCGGAGCCCUUGUCCUUCGAGAAUUUGGGACAGGCAUUCGGCUUCGUGUUAUACUCGACGACUGUGACAUUCGCGACUGCCGCCAAGGCGUGGCUGCAGCUCGAAGGACUGUCGGACCGGGCGUACGUGUACGGCAAAGGCGGAGAGGUGUCGGUCUUCUACAGCUUCGCGGUGAGCGGGCAGGUGGUCAAGAUCCAGAACUACGUGCCAGCGGGGAUAAACCAGACCCUUUCCAUCCUCGUCGAGAACAUGGGCAGAGAGGCGCACAGCAAGACGUUCGCCAACCCAAAGGGGUUCAAAUCUGCAAAGCUCAACUACGUGCCACUGAAGAACUGGGCCGUCGAGGCAGUUCCUUUGACGACAGCUGAAGACAUCAGCAGAUUUCAGCCGUUACUCCAAAAGGAAGACAAGGGCGGGGUUCCAGGGUUUUUCCACGGAGUAUUCAAGCUGCCCGAAGGUCAGCAGCCAUUGGACACAUUCUUGGACCCUACAAACUGGACCAAGGGCGUGGCUUUUGUCAACGGCAUCAACCUGGGUCGCUACUGGCCCGUCACCGGUCCUCAGAUCACGCUCUACGUGCCGGGACCAUUCCUUAAGCCACACCCCGAGGAGAACAGUGUGAUGCUCUUCGAGACACAAGGAGCUCCCUUACGUGAUCAAACUGUGCGCUUCGUCGACAAGCCUCGUGUUAACGUGACUGUACUGUACCCAAAGCCCUGAACAUGAAGGGACCAGUAAACAUUAUCACUCAGACUACACAGUUUGGUUACGGUCUCCAAAUCUUCCCGCCAUUUGUUCUGCGAA